AUGGGGCGGGCGGCCGCACGGGUGGUGGCGAGGAGGGCGGCGUCGCUGGUGCAUCGACACGUGGCAGGCCGCGAUGGCGCAGCGCUCGAAGCAGCGGCGGCAGCGGUAGGCGCGGGGGGACGCCUGGGAGUGAGGGUGGGGGUAGACGCUUCGAGCACCACUGUGGUUGCCACCGCCGUGGCUACGGCAACGGCAGCAGAGACUGCAGCGGUGGCAGCGGGAGGAGGACGAGUAGGGGCGGCAUGUGCGCUUGGAUCUAGGCCCGCGUGUUGCGAUGCGCGUUUGGCGGGGGCGACGCUGGUGGGGUCCACCAUGACUGCGGGCGUGCUGCUCAGCACUCAGGACCCCCAGACCAUCAGCAAGUGGUCGUUUGCAGCAGCGGACGCCCUCACCCCCUUCCUCCGCCUACUCGACCCUGAGGCAGCGCACCGCCUCGCGCUCCUCUCAGCCGAGCUCUCCCUCGUGCCGCACGAGCACCGCCCCGACCCGCCCGCGCUCUGCAUCGCCCUCUGGAACCGCGCCUUCCCCAACCCCGUGGGGCUGGCCGCGGGGUUUGACAAGGAUGGGCGCGCAGUGGACGGGCUGCUGGGCAUGGGGUUCGGGUUCAUGGAGAUUGGCAGCGUUACUCCCGCGCCGCAGCCGGGCAACCCCAAGCCAAGAGUUUGGCGGAUCCCAGAGCAAAAGGCGGUGAUCAACCGGUACGGGUUCAACAGUGAGGGCAUAGCAGCAGUGGCGGAGCGGCUUGGUGCGCAGCAGGGCAGGCGGCGGGCCGUGGAGAAACCCGAGGGGCUCAAAACGGGCAAGGACCGUGCUGCUGCCCCGCCCGCAGCCGGGGGCAACGCGGGCAGGCGCGGACUGGUGGGGGUGAACCUGGGGAAAAACAAGUGGACGGACGACGCUGCAGAGGAUUUCGUGCAGGGCAUGCACACCCUCGCACAGUAUGCGGAUUUCCUGGUUGUGAAUGUGUCCUCGCCAAACACGCCGGGGUUGCGGAAGCUGCAGGGGAGGCGGCACCUGCAUGGCCUGCUCACGAAGGUGCUGGCGGCAAGGGAGGAGAUGCAGUGGGGCGAGGAGGGCCCUCCGCCGCUGCUGCUCAAGAUAUCCCCAGACCUCUCCCAUCAGGACAUGGCCGACAUUGCCGCUGUGAGUUCUGAGACCCUUAUCCCGGGACCGCACGACAUGGCACAUCCCAAACUAGAUCUCCCCGCACCGCACCGCACCUCUCACAGCAGGACAUGGCCGGCAUUGCCGCUGUCAGUCGCUGCUGCUUCUCCCCUUACGUUUCGUCUUCCCCUUCCCCCUUCCCCUUCCCUCUUCCCCUUCCCCCUUCCCCCUUCCCCCUUCCCACUCCCCUUCCCCCUUCCCUUUUCAUUUCUUUUCCAUGCUGCACUCUCACUCUCUCCUCCAGCCUGCAAUUCCUUUGUUUCUACUCCUGAUCCUUUCCUGCUCCUCGCCUGCCCGCCCGAUCCAUUCACUCGUGGCUCUCUCUCUCAAGCUCGACGGCCUGGCGCACCGAUUUCUAACCCUUCUCUACAUGCCCGCCUCGUCUCCCCCUCCUCCCAUCCCACCCCCCUGAACCCACCUUCUCUCCCUCCCACCUUCUCUCCCUCCCACCUUCUCUCCCUCCCACCUUCUCUCCCUCCCACCUUCUCUCCCUCCCACCUUCUCUCCCUCCCACCUUCUCUCCCUCCCACCUUCUCUCCCUCCCACCUUCCCCGCCUUUUCUCUCCCCAACUCUACUCCCCAUCCCCACUUCCACUCCAAUUCCCACAUCCCAAUCGCGCUUCCCAUCUCCACUCCCCUGCUCAUUCCCCCACGGCCUGGGGGGAGCAGAUAUUGGGCAACACAACAAUAGUGGGCAACACAACGGUAUCGCGCCCUGACUCUGUGCUGGGGCUGCUGCAUGCGGAUGAGCCGGGGGGCCUCAGUGGCCGCCCGCUCUUCGACCCCUCCACAAACACCCUGCGCGAAAUGUACCGCCUCACCAAGGGCCGGAUCACGCUCAUAGGAUGUGGCGGCAUUUUCAGCGGCGCUGAUGCAUAUACCAAGAUACGCGCGGGGGCAUCGCUGGUGCAGAUAUACACAGCCAUGGUGUAUGAGGGUGCAGGGGUGCUGCCCCGAAUCAAGCGCGAGCUAGCAGAGUGCCUGGCGCGGGAUGGGUUCGAGUCGGUGGAAGAUGCAGUGGGGGCGGACCAUAGGGCAGCAGCAGCGCUGCACAUGCACGCAUGA